AUGGCUCACCGAGGAUCCCAGGCAACCACCCUCUACCUGACAGCGCUGUACAUGCUGGUGUCCUGCACUGCUGUUCCUGUCAACGACCUGCUGGACCGAGCCUCCCAGCGCUCUGAUAAGCUCCACUCCCUCAGCACCUCUCUCACUCACGAGCUGGACUCUCAUUUCCCUCCUAUUGGCCGGAUGAUUAUGCCCCGCCCCUCCAUGUGCCACACCUCCUCGCUGCAGACGCCCACUGACAAGGAGCAGGCUCUCCGAGUGUCUGAGUCAGACCUGCUAUCACUGGCCCGCUCCCUGCUCCAGGCCUGGGUGGACCCCCUGCUGCUCCUGUCCUCCUCUGCUAACAGCCUGCCUCACCCAGCCCACAACUCCAUAUACAGAAAGAUCCAGGAGCUGCAGGAGUACUCCAAGAGCCUGGGAGACGGCCUAGAUAUUCUCUCUGGCAAGAUGGGUCCCUCGUCUCAGUAUAUCUCCUUACUGCCCUUCAGAGGAAGCAAUGACAUCGGCCAGGACAAGACUUCCAGAUUGGUCAACUUCCAGUUCCUGUUAUCCUGCUUCCGCCGUGACUCCCACAAGAUUGACAGCUUCCUGAAAGUCCUGCGCUGCCGGGCCGCCAAGAUGCGACCUGAGAUGUGCUAAGGAGCAGAAACAGACCCACGCAAGGCUGCCAACUUGACCCGGAGAGGCGAAAGCUGAAAACUCAUAUUGCCUACCAACUAUGUAAUGCCAUGUUCUGCAAAUACACCAAAUCUAGCUCCUCUUAAACCACUUUGUCCACAAUGCCAUGGUGACUUCUGUAAAUCAAGCACUGCACCUUUUCCUGUUGCGCUGGUGUUGAACUACAAAAUGCUCUAGCUCGUGUACUGCUGCUAUCUUCACUCGUAUGCUGAAACAUGCUUGCCAAAUAAUAGGCAUAAUAUGAGCUGUCACUGAAUUUACAGGAUAGACAAUGAGGAGUCACAUGAGAGACAUUUGUCAGAAGUGAUCUUUUACCCACUGAGUUUGAAAAUGCAUUGAAAUUCUCAAUGUGAAUGUAGAAGUGAAGAUGUGACUCAUUUCAGGAGUAUUUUAACUGAAAUAUGUAGAAAACGAAACAUCUCCACAUCUCCUGACUCCUCUUUUGUUUUGAGCAGCGUCCUCUCAGGGCCAAGAUGGCUAAUGAGCUUUGCAGUGGCAGGGCAUGCAAAGUUUGACUUGGAGAGUUCAGCUGGAGUGUUACAGUUCCCCAAUUCAAAAAUUGUGGUGAUGACUCAAAAUUAGCCACCGUUUGACUCGAGGCAUUACAGUUGCCUCACGCAUUUCUUUGUGAGCAAUAUUGUUAAUACUUGUUCUCACCUCAAACAUUCAACAAAUUGAUAAGGUCUAUAACAGGUCCACUGCAUAUUGAAGGGAAUAGCUGGAUGAUGGGACAUCAUCCUACUGUAUUUCCGUUGCAGCAGCUCAAUCGCUCCAUGCAGUGUGACAAACUCUGUAGUCUCUCUGUGAAACCAGCCUCUCUCCAAGCCAUCCUUCAACUGACGGGGCUGCAAUGGAGAAUGAAUGUUUUUCUCUGCCUAACUAAUGCUUGACUGAUGACGAACUGCAACAUUUGCACUUUAGCCUCAACUACACUUUGUAGAAAGCUAUUUGAAUCCAAUGCCUAUACUGUUUGAAAUGUUUAUUUUAAAAACUAUCAAUAAAAAACUCUCUUGCAUAGUA